AUGCUCCUCAGAUUUCGACCGUUCAAAGGCAGGAGCUACGUGCAUCUACAGGAUCAGAACCUCUCCCUUCUGUUUAAAGUUCCAGAAUCCGACAUCGUCCAUAUUGAGUCACCUGAUAACGAAACCACCCAGCCGCAUGAAGAUUCCCGAUCUUCUGAAUCCUCUGAAACCGUAACUUCCUCUAUAGAUUCUCGUUCAGCUGCUUCCGCCUCUGUGAAUUCCCCCUCCACCUCCCUUCCUCCCCCUGUCGCGACCCCGACCUCCUUAUUCGACGCCAUUGCCGUGCCGCUUCGUGCGGGGUUGGAUGCGGUUCACAGGGAUAUGCAAUUUGCCGCCGAGUCGCAGCUAAGACGGUCCACUUUGGACCGAUGCAAACUCGUGGUGCGGCUCGGGAAGCUGCUCUUCGGGCCGCCGUUUGAAGCUCCGGGGGAUCUCCUCCCCAGCCUGCUGCCCUUCACAGCGGGCGCGUUGGAGGCGGUUUUCAACCGCCUACCAGGCGGCACGUCCAGCUUCAACCGUGCAGGAUCUACAGCCCAGCGCCUGCCAGCCAGGGUGCACCGGUCGCUGGAAACAGGCAUGCCUGAGCCACUCUUCCAGGCUGUGGAGAAUAUUGCUACAGAAGUGGACGGGGCGAGUACGUGCAUGCGAGAGGCGUACCACAUACGGGUAAUAGACACAGACCAGAUGGACUUAGAGUACAAGCUUACAUGCAAGCCUAAUCCAGAUGGCACAGGGAUUAUCCUCAUUAAGGUGAAGUACGAGACGCUGCGCUACGCAGUCAUUGAUGUCUCUCGCCCCUCCAAGGAGAUUGACUUCCGCCUCAUGCUCUCCACUGAGACCCGCCUCUGCUCGCUCGAUGAGGCCACCCGAUCCGUGUGUGAGCGCAUAGCAUCGACAGCAAUCAUUGAGGACAACUCAAAGGGCGGCUUACACUGGCCGAUCACCUUGGACUUCCACGUCGGCAUGACAGAAGCGCGUUCAUCACCGCAUGCACCAGCCCCGUCGCACCGGUUCAGAGUGACAAGCGUGCGGCAUCAGAGGCGGCUGCACGUGCAGUCAGCCGGGCAGGUGUGGAAGCUGUCACGAGUGAAUGGAGUUCAGUUCAACCAUGGAGGAGGGCGCCUCACGAAUGAAGCAGAGUUUUCCCUGCUGGCCUGGCGAGAUGCUAUGAAGAUUCGUUCGGGGUUGGAAGCGGUAUACAGGGAGAUGGAGUUUGCCGCCCAGUCGCAACUCAGGCGGUCCACCUUGGACCGAUGCAAGCUCGUCGUGCGGCUGGGGAAGCUGCUGUUCGGGCCGCCGUUUGGAUCGCCAGAGUCGCUCCUACCAAGUCUACCGCCCUUUACAGCUGGCGAGUUAGAGUCCACUCUAAACAGGCGUGCGCAGCAGCGCCUGCCAACCAGGGUGCACCGGUCGCUGGAAACAGGCAUGCCUGAGCCGCUAUUCCAAGCUGUGGAGAAUAUUGUGAUGGCGGGGGAUGGGGCGAGCGCAUGCAUGAGAGAGACCUACCACAUACGGGUACAAGACACAGAGCAGGUUGACACGGAGUACAAGCUGAUCUGCAAGCCUGAUCCGGAUGGCUCAGGGGUUAUCCUCGUUAAGGUGAAGCACAACCCGCUGCGCUAUGCGGUCAUCGACGUCUCUCGCCCCUCCAAAGCCAUUGACUUCCGCCUCAUGCUCUCCACCGACACGCGCCUUUGUGCUCUUGAUGAGGCUACCCGAUCAGUAUGUGAGCGCAUAGCAUCGACUGCAAUCAUCGAGGAAGGCUCAAAAGGCGGCCUGCACUGGCCUAUCACCCUCGACUUUGACAUGGGCAUGAAGAACCCGCGCUCACCAUCCCAUGCACCAGCAGCAGCAGCAGCAGCAGCAGCAGCAGCAGCGCCAGCACAGCGGUUCAGAGUGAAGAGUGUGCAGCAUCAGAAGCGGCUCAAGGUGUUUGGGGGCGGGCAGGUGUGGAAGCUGUCGCGAGUGAACGGGGUGGAGUAUGACCAUGGGGGAGGGCGACUCACGAAUGAAGCAGAGUUCUGCCUGCUUGCGUGGAGAGACGUCAUGAAGGUUAGUGAGUGA